GCAGUCAGCAAGCCUCUGCCUAUUCUCCAUGAGUAUUACAAUGCAGGAGACCUGAUCAUUCCUGGAGUAAUUUCUCAGCUCUUCAUCACUUAUGAAGGGAUAGAUUUCAGGAAACAGCCCAGUCAGCUAUCUGUUGAGCACCUCUCGUAUUUUCAUCCAAGUUUGACCUAUCAUGCCACAAUGAAGCUUCUCUCUACUAAAGGUAGAUUUAUCCCUAACUACAAAUGUGACAGCCAAACCAUCUUACCUGCUGUCAUUGGGGGCCCUAACUCUAACAUAUGUCCCCACAUGGCAGCCAUCCUGGGCAUCUACAAAAUUUCACAGCUCACAUAUAGUUCUGCUCCAGAAAAGAAUGACAAAAAUGAUGCUGUCUUCCUCCACUGGAUGUUCCCCAGUGGGAAUAAACAGUACUUGGGACUUCUUGAAUUAUUGCUACAUUUUAGAUGGACAUGGAUUGGGGUGAUCUAUGAAAAUAUUGAGAGUGGCCUGGCAUUUAUAACAGAGAUGCUUCCAUUGUUUUCCCGGAAUGGUAUCUGCUUUGACUUCAUUGAGAAAUUACCACUAAAAGCUUUCUUCAAUGAUUUCAAUGAAAUAAUAGCAGCUUGGACUGCUACAUUUGAACUUGUCUUCAAAAGUACAGCCAGUGCAAUAAUCUUUCACGGCGAAGUUCAGGACAUGAUGUAUCUGAGAACUGUAAUCUGUUUUUUCCAAUUUGAAGACAAACCAGUUGAGAAAAAAGGAAAAGUUUGGAUUAUGACAGGGGAGACAGACUUCACAUCAGUUCCCCUUCAAAGAACCUGGAACAUAAAUUUCCUCCAUGGUGCUCUAUCCUUUGCAAUUCAUUCAAAGGAGGUGUUAGGAUUCAGACAGUUUCUGCAAACAAGAAACCAUACUUCAGAAAAAGGGGAUGGAUUUGUUAGGAUUUUCUGGGAAAGUGUAUUUAAUUGCAUGUUCCCCAGCUCUGCCACAGAUGAGAUGGAUGGAAACAUCUGCACAGGAGAUGAGAAAUUUGAGACCCUUCCUAGCUCCGUUUUUGAAAUGAGCAUGACCAGCCACAGCUACAGCAUUUAUAAUGCAGUCUAUGCCCUGGUGCAUGCUUUCCAUGCCAUUCAUUCAUCCCAAUCAAAGAAGAAAAGAAUGAUGAUUGGAGAGAGAGGGUUAACUCAGCAACAAUGGCAGAUCCCUCACUACCUGAGAAGGCUAUCAUUCAACAAUAGUGCUGGAGAGGAGGUUUCCUUCAACCAAAAUGGAGAAGUUGUUGGUGGAUACGAUAUUGUCAACUGGGUCACAUUUCCAAAUCUGUCCUUUCUCAGAGUUAUAGUUGGGAGUAUAGAUUCGCAGACUUCCACAAACAAAUUGUUGACCAUUUAUGAGGAUGCCAUUGAAUGGCCGAAUGUGUUUAAUCAGACUCGACCGCUCUCACUGUGUAAUGCCAAUUGCCCCUCAGGAUAUAGAAGGGUAAAGAAGGAAGGGAAACCACACUGUUGUUAUGAUUGCUCUCCAUGUCCAGGAAGAGAGAUUUCCAACCAGACAGACAUGAACAGCUGCUUUCAGUGUCAAAAGGGUUAUUAUCCAAACAAGAACCAAGACAUGUGCAUUCCAAAAGUUAUAUCUUUCUUGUCUUACGAUGAACCUCUGGGGAUAGGUGUGACGACUGCUGCUGUUUCCCUCUCUUUCACUGCCGCUUUGGUGUUAGCAACCUUUAUGAAGUACCACAACACACCCAUUGUGAAAGUGAACAAUCGGGACCUCUCCUACACCCUUCUCAUCUUCCUCCUGCUCUCUUUCCUCUGCACUUUGCUAUUCAUUGGCCAGCCUCACAAGGUGACCUGUCUCCUCCGACAAACAGCUUUUGGGAUUGUCUUCUCAGUAGUUUUUUCUUGCUUGUUGGCCAAAACUGUCACAGUUGUCAUAGCUUUUAUGGCCAAUAAACCAGGAUCCAAAAUGAAAAAAUGGUUAGGGAAAAGGCUUGCAAUCUCCAUUGUCAUUGUGUGCACCCUUAUUCAAGCCACUAAUUGUACUUUGUGGUUAACAACCUCACCACCAUUCCCAGAUUCUGACACAUAUCCACUAACUGAAAAUAAUGUAUUGGAAUGCAAUGAAGGGUCUGACAUGAUGUUUUAUUGUGUCCUGGGCUUUAUGGGCUUCCAAGCUAUUAUCAGCUUCACUCUGGCUUUCCUAGCCAGGAAGUUACCCGACAGUUUCAAUGAAGCCAAGUUGAUCACCUUCAGUAUGUUGUUGUUCUUCAGUGUCUGGUUAACUUUUGUCCCAACCUACCUUUGCACCAAAGGCAAAUAUAUGGUGGCUGUGGAGAUCUUCUCCAUCUUGGUUUCCAGUGCUGGGUUGCUAGGUUUUAUCUUUUUCCCCAAAUGUUAUAUUAUUCUUCUAAGGCCUGAUCUGAACAAAAGGCAACAGCUAAUCAAAAGAAAGGGUUAA